AUGCAGUUCUACAGCUCAGCCAGGGCAGCAGAUGAGAACUUUGACUAUUUGUUCAAAGUUAUCCUCAUUGGGGAUUCCAAUGUGGGGAAGACAUGUGUGGUUCAGCAUUUCAAAUCUGGGGUCUACACUGAGACACAGCAGAACACCAUCGGGGUGGACUUCACCGUGCGCUCCCUGGAGAUUGACGGCAAGAAAGUAAAGAUGCAGGUGUGGGACACCGCGGGCCAGGAGCGCUUCCGCACCAUCACCCAGAGCUACUACCGCAGCGCCCACGCAGCCAUCAUCGCCUACGACCUCACGCGGCCGUCCACGUUCGAGUCGGUCCCCCACUGGAUUCACGAGAUAGAGAAGUACGGGGCGGCUAACUUGGUCAUCAUGCUGAUCGGAAACAAAUGUGACUUGUGGGAAAAGCGGCACGUCCUGUUUGAGGACGCCUGCACACUGGCUGAGAAGUACGGCCUCCUGGCAGUUUUGGAGACAUCCGCCAAGGAGUCCAAGAACAUAGAUGAAGUCUUCGUGCUGAUGGCCAAGGAGCUGAUCGCCCGCAACAGCCUGCACUUGUAUGGGGAGGGCGGCCUGCACAGUCUGCCCACAGACUCCAGUCCAGUUCUUAUAGCCCAGGGUCCGAGUGAGAAGAGCCACUGCACCUGCUGAAUACGAGGGUGAGGCCAAUUUGGAAAGCAGAGGCAGUCAGAUACCCAGGGUCCCCUGUGUAGCACUGCAGGACAAAUGCAGCCUUGCCACUGACUCCUGAUCCCUCCAGCCUGAAGGAACAGCACUUCUGCCUUGACUCACCGCAGACUCCAAGGAAAGGGAACAGCAUCAUCUUUCUUAACUCCUAGUAAAACUUGAACUUAUACAGGGGAAGGUCAAGGUUUGCAUUUCCCUUCUUUUCUGCCCCACCCCCAUCCCACCAGGUCAACUGCUUUCCCCUGGAUUUC